AUGCCUCCAGACGGCACCUCAUUCACGGCCCUAAACCUCCCACCAGCCUUCACUCUACCCGAUUGCAUGGAAUACUUCACCCUAACAGCCGGCCCCAACACCGAUCUAUGGCGCAAACCGCCCAACGGCGACACAUCCACCGCCCCAAUAGUCUUCACCUCACUCCGGCACCCCUUCGUCGUAGCCGAAGUGACCGUGAGCGCAGACUGGGAAAUGGAAUGGGACCAAGGCGGCCUAGUGAUUUUCGCUGGCGCCGCGCCCCAGUCCUUUUCCUCCGAUGCACCGAUCCUAGCCGCAACUCCCACCACCACAAGCACAAGCACAAGUACAACCACAAGUACGAACUACCGCCGCGCCCCCCAACAUCAACAGCCCUGCAAAUGGGUCAAAGCCGGCAUGGAGUUCUCCGGCGGAACAAUCAAUGCGUCCUCCGUGAGCGCGACGGCCGACGGGGCCGACUGGUGUCUUUCGCCACUGAUGUAUUCGCCGCGCGGGCCUGCGCCGAGCUCGUUGCGCAUCAAGUUGGAGCGCGUCGGUCAUGCGCUGUGGAUCUGGUACCAGGUGCCUUCGGUUUCGCCGUAUGCUUUGUCGCCUGGGGCGGUGGGUAGUACGUGGAAAAAGCUGAGGGAGGUGACGUGGUUUUUUUAUGGAGUUGAGGAUAAGUUUGUGCAUGUGGGCGUCUAUGCUAGUCGGCCGACGGGUAUUGGGCGUGGAGGGACUAUGUGGGAUGCUAUGCAUGGGAUGCCGGUUGAUAGCUCUUUGUCGUCUGGAACGGCGGAUGGGUUGGUUGUGGAAUUUGAGGAUCUGGAAAUCUUCUAG